ACAAAACAGCCAAGAAGAAGACAAAGACAUCAAAAACAAAAAUAUGAGUAACAUAAAAUUUCUUAAGCCUGUUUUAUCCUUUUUCUUCUUCAUAAGCUGCUGUUUUUGCAAACCCUCCCAUUCAUCCAGAGGCAUAGCCAUCUACUGGGGCCAAAACGGCUUCGAAGGGAGUCUCUCCGCCACAUGUGCCACCGGCAGGUAUGCUUACGUCAACAUCGCCUUUCUUGUGAAAUUCGGAAACGGUCAAACGCCGGAGCUCAACCUUGCCGGCCACUGCAACCCUGCGGCUAACACUUGCACCCAUUUUGGCGCUCAGGUCAAAACUUGUCAACGUCGUGGCAUCAAGGUUAUGUUGUCUCUCGGCGGCGCCAUUGGAAACUAUUCAAUCGGGUCUAGGGAAGACGCAAAAAUGGUCGCUGAUUAUUUGUGGAACAACUUUUUGGGAGGGAAAUCAUCGGCACGUCCCUUAGGUGAUGCUGUUCUUGAUGGUAUCGAUUUCAAUAUCGAACUUGGCUCUCCUCAACACUGGGAUGAUCUUGUUAGGUUUCUUUCAAAUUUUAGCCACCGGGGAAGAAAAGUGUACAUAACAGGAGCUCCUCAGUGUCCAUUUCCAGACGAUCUAAUGGGAAGUGCCCUUAAAACUAGACUUUUCGACUAUGUUUGGGUCAUGUUCUACAACAAUCCACCUUGUCAAUACACUUCAGGUGAUACGCAAAGCCUUUUCCAUUCAUGGAAGACGUGGACAACUUCGGUCACUGCCCAAAAAAUCUUUCUAGGUCUCCCAGCGGCUCCUGAAGCCGCUGGAGGUGGAUAUAUCCCAGCGGAUGUACUGGUUUCACAGAUUCUUCCAACUGUAAAGAAGUCACGAAAAUAUGGAGGUGUAAUGCUUUGGUCUAAAUUUUGGGAUGAUAAAAAUGGUUACAGUUCAUCUAUAGUGGCUCGUGUGUGAAAGGAAGCUGAAGUUACCUUUUUAUGCUUUCAGUUCUCUCGUGUUUGGUUUAUGAAGAAUUGUUGUGUGUGUGUGUGUGUGUGUGUGUGUGUGUGUGUGUGUGUG